CCGCCCGCGGAGGCCGCCGACCGCCCGGCGCGACCCGGCUCCGCCGCGAAGGACGCAGGGCGCCGCCGGCGGUUCCGGGCGCCCGCGCGGGGACGGCGCUCGCGCAUCCCCGCGACGGGCGGAGCAGGAGACGGAGCGGCGCGGGGCCGGGCCGCGAGCCCGCCCGCCGCCGCGCGCAUGGCUGUGCCCGGCCCGGGGUCGCGGCGCGCGGCGGCGCUGCUCCUGCGCACGGCCCGCGGGCCCCGCGGGGGCUGGCUGCUGCCCACCGCGCUGCUGUGCGCCUGCGGCUUCUUCGCCAACCUCAGGCCGUCCGAGCCCUUCCUGACCCCCUACCUGCUGGGGCCGGACAAGAACCUGACGGACCGGGAGGUCUUCAAUAAAAUCUAUCCAGUGUGGACGUACUCGUACCUGGUGCUGCUGUUUCCCGUGUUCCUGGCCACAGACUACCUCCGGUACAAACCCGUUAUUCUGCUCCAGGGACUCAGCCUUAUCGUCACAUGGUUCAUGCUGCUCUACGCCCAGGGACUGCUGGCCAUUCAGUUCUUGGAAUUCUUCUAUGGAGUCGCCACGGCCACGGAAAUCGCCUAUUACUCCUACAUCUACAGCGUGGUAGACCUGAGCAUGUACCAGAAGGUCACGAGUUACUGCCGCAGCGCCGCCUUGGUGGGCUUCACAGUGGGCUCUGUCCUGGGGCAAAUCCUGGUCUCCGUGGCGGGCUGGUCCCUGUUCAGCCUGAAUGUCAUCUCUCUUACCUGUGUUUCGGUGGCUUUUGCCGUGGCCUGGUUCCUGCCUAUGCCACAGAAGAGCCUCUUCUUUCACCACGUCCCUUCCACUUGCCAGAGAACGAAUGGCAUCAAGGCACAGAAUGGCGGCCUCGUGACCAACACCGCAACCUCGAACCACCUUCCUGGGUGGGAGGACAUGGAGUCAACAAUCCCUCUAAAUACGGAGGAGCCAGAACCUGCUCCGGACCGGCUCCUCGUGCUGAAGGUCCUGUGGGAUGACUUCCUGAUGUGCUACUCCUUCCGGCCCCUGCUCUGCUGGUCGGUGUGGUGGGCCCUGUCCACCUGCGGCUACUUCCAGGUCAUCAACUACGCACAGGGCCUGUGGGAGACGGUGAUGCCCUCUCGCGAUGCCGCCAUCUACAACGGCGGCGUGGAGGCUGUGUCCAUGCUCCUGGGCGCUGUUGCCGUGUUUGCAGUUGGCUACGUAAAGAUAUCCUGGUCGACCUGGGGGGAGAUGACGCUGUCUCUGUUCUCUCUGCUGAUUGCUGCUGCAGUGUACGUCAUGGACACCGUGCAGAGCAUCUGGGUGUGCUACACGUCCUAUGUCGUCUUCAGAGUCAUCUACAUGUUGCUCAUCACUAUAGCAACUUUUCAGAUUGCUGCUACCCUCAGCAUGGAGCGCUACGCCUUAGUGUUUGGUGUGAACACCUUCAUCGCGCUGGGCUUGCAGACUCUGCUCACUCUCAUCGUGGUGGACACCAACGGCCUUGGCUUAGACAUUACCACUCAGUUCCUGAUCUACGCCGGUUACUUUGCACUCAUCGCUGUGGUUUUCCUGGCCAGCGGUUCCAUUAGUAUUAUGAGGAAAUACAGAAAGCAAGAAGAUGCAGAAUCAAGUUCUCGAGUAACCACUUCAUAAUACCCUGCUGCUGAGCUGCUUCUGAUAGCAGACACUCUGCACAGCAACUGUGCCUGGAUAUAUUUAAGUUUUUAGUAUGUGGACGUAUGCAUAUGAAUGCGCUUUUUAAGGCUUCAGAGCAGCCAAAUGACUCUACCUUGUGCUCCUAGAGUAACCAUACUGUUUAGGGUAGCUAGAGGUGACGUUUCUCUCGUGGAUUAUUUAUGAAAGCUAAUUUAAGGAUGACUUUCUUCCGAUGCAAAAGCAAACUUGAUUUUGAAAACCAGGUGGUUGAGAGCACUCAAGCAACACGUGGCAUUUAUACUUGAUAGUAAGUGAGUCUGGUGCCUCCUAGGUCACGUUACUUCUCGUGGCCCGGUGGGAGCAGGACUCCACAGGCCUCGGAUCCUGUGUUCCAGCAGCACCUGCCUCUGUUCAGCCUCAUUUGUGUCUCUGCGUUAUUGUGUGCAUUUAUGUUUCUACGGUUGAAAGUUGUUGAAUCACCGCCACUGUUUGCUAUGGUUGGUGUUCUGCCCUAUUGGGAAUGUGUGUCAUUCCCAAUUUUAAGUUAUUUUUAAAACACUCAUUGUAUGAAUGUUCUCAGUUUCCAUCCUGACAAUUUUGUGUUUGUGUAGAUUGUCUUUAGAAGUACACUUUUGCGUUAUUCAUAUGCUUCCCAGGAAGCUCAUGAAGUUAGAAAAUAAGGCAAGUUUUGAGGCCUGUUAAUAAAUCGAAACGAAGAGACCUAAUCAGAAAACGUAAGUUACGUUUGUGUGUCUUUUAGUCUUCAGUAUGAAGGACUAUUAAUUCUAGGAGGAGAAGGUAAUACAUGAGCCAAGGAUACAGCUACCCCAGCCAGAUCAUUUUGUAUUUGCCCUCCCUUUUAUUUCCAAAGUAAAAUGAAGUCUUUUUAAAAAAUAUCUUCAUCCCUACUUAUAAUUUCUUAUAUUAUUUGUCCUUAUCCAAGAUCAAAUUGUCAUUAGGAGUUAGAUUUGUUGGAUUAUUAUAAGGCCUUUUCAAAAACUGAGACUCUUUAAUUAUUUCAAUGGGACAGGUACUAGGAUAGACUUGACUCCUGCAUUUUUUACAUUAAAUCUGCCUUUGUUUCUAAGGUUGGAUCAUCUCGGAAUAUCUGCUUAAAAUAAUAACUGCUAGUGAUUCCUUUUCCAGGGUACUUGGGAAAAUGUUGUGUAUACAUUUAGUUCUGUAAUUAGCCUACCGAGUGGUUGCUAGUUGUGUUAUGUGAGUCACAAAAGCUUUUUUAAAGCCAAUUUUGUUGCCUUACUUGAGAAAAAUCUAGGCUAAUUUAUUUAGAAUAACACAGGUAAACCGUGUGAAUACUAGUUUCAAGAUUCCAAUAUUGACAUACUCAUUUAGUGUAAGUAGGAAUUCUAGAAGUUAAUGAAGUAAGUAUAUGUCAUUUUCCUUCCACCUUCCCUUCUGUCAAGGGAAGAAAAAGAACACUAAGGGAAGGGGAAAUGAUGUCAUGAAAGUACAGCCUCUGAUUUUGUACUUUUUCUUUGGAAUUGUUUACUCAGAAACAAGUAGAAAAAGUGAUGUUCAAGGGAUUUUAUUUAACAUUUUUUAAUAAAAUGGGCUGUGCUGCAAUCAAAUUGUUCAUGUUACCAAAGAAAUAUUUCCCUAAGAUUUAAUUCAAAGUGUACGGUACACAGCUGGAGCCUUUACUCAUUAAAGACAAUAAUAAGUUCAUAUUCAGGUGUGUGGUCAUAUUUCUAGAACGCUGAGCCCAAUAUGCAAGUUGUGCUGUGUGCAAUUUUGCAAAGAAGUGAAAAAAAUCUGUUGUAAAUUUUAUCCAAUUCUGGAUCGAUUAUAAAAUUAUUUUUAUUAAAAAAUAUUUUACAUCA